UCUAUUCUAGAACCCUUAUUUUCCUCCCGCACUCGGUCCCGUUUCUUCAUUCAAGGUAUACGGGAUUGUUUUGGUAAGGUUAUAUUCGAAUAAUUCUGUGGGUUGAUUUGCAGAAUUUGACUCCAAUGUUUAAGAACACGUUCCAAUCCGGAUUUCUUUCCAUUUUGUACAGCCUUGGGAGCAAGCCUCUGCAAAUUUGGGAUAAAGAAGUUGUCGAUGGACAUGUCAAACGGCUGCAAGAUGAAGAUAUCCAAUCCAAUGUCCUGGAAAUUAUUGGGUCGAAUGUCCAGCAAGCAUACAUAACGUGUCCUGCAGAUCCUAAUGCAACUCUUGGCAUAAAGUUGCCCUUCUUAGUCAUGAUAGUGAAGAAUGUGAAGAAGUACUUCACAUUUGAAAUUCAGGUUUUAGAUGAUAAAAAUGUCCGGAGAAGAUUUCGAGCUUCUAAUUAUCAAGCGGUAACCCGAGUGAAACCCUAUAUUUGCACUAUGCCCUUGAAAUUGGAUGAAGGAUGGAAUCAAAUCCAGUUGAACCUUUCUGAUUUGACCAGACGAGCUUAUGGAACCAACUAUGUUGAAACACUGCGAGUUCAGGUUCAUGCAAACUGCAGGCUAAGGAGGAUAUACUUUUCUGACCGUCUCUAUUCAGAGGAGGAACUGCCACCAGAAUUCAAACUUUACCUUCCAAUGCAGAAAUCUUGAGGAUCUUCUCUUAAAACCAGCAGACAAGGCACUUUUUGUUAUCGACAUUCGUCUGCAGACUGGUAUAUUAAUCUUGGAGUGGAACAUUUUGAUCUUGGAAAUGUUGAUUACCCCUGGUGGUAGCACCUGGAGUUUAUGUUACUAGAGUACUUUGUUUAAGAGGACUUGGUGUAAUUGCUGGUGUAGUUAAAAGUAUUUAGAAACUUGCUGGGCGUUACUAUAUCUUUAACAUGUCUUCAUCUGAAUAAUUUGUCUUUCACAUAACGUUUGAAGUUAGGUAUAACGUUCCAACUUCAAA